CACAGUGCAGGGAUCUGCUUUCUCCCCUGAAUUACAACGGGCUGCUCUGGUGAGGUUUUAUAGCCAUUUUGGACAAGUUGGCAGGAUGGCUCUGUUGUGCAGUGUGGAUUUUUGUUUUUUUUUUUUCUUUUAACAGUGAUCUCCAAAGAGAUUAUUUUUAAUGAAUGUGUCCUUUUUUUUUUUUUCUUACUCAGAGCAUAAAAAUGGCUCAAGGGCUCAUAUUCUUUCCCUUUCUCCCUUGCUGGCCUCUCCUCAAACAACAAAAGAAAGGCAUCUUUCUUUUUUUAACUUGAAGUUAGCAACGAUGUCAGUUUUGGGAUUUGGCAGUUUUCUCAGUGGGGAGAGUGCGUUUUUGUUUUGUUGGGGUUUUUUUGGUGUUUUAUUUAAAUUUGGUUUUUUUGGGGGUCGGGUUUUUGUUGUGGAAAGGGGUCUGGGGAUCUUGGGUCUCACUGCACUUGUGUGAACUCUUAACACCUUAAUUGAAGGGGUGGGGAUGCUGAAUCACUAACAAAGACCUCCUUUAUCCAAAAUGUUAAUCAAUCAUUGACGUUAAAUAAGUGUGAACAAAACCAAGCAAAAAAAAACCCCACCCUAAACAAGUUUUUGUGUAAGUUCCACUCCCAUUCAGCUGCUCAUCUUUGGUCAGGUUAACAUUCUUUUGGGGAAUGUGCUCUUGAUUUUUGCGAUGUUUGGUAAAAGCUGUGUUGCUGACUUCCCAGUGUGGUUUUCCCAAUACAGAUUAUGAGCUCAGAGAUGUAGUAAAGAUGUUUUGGGAGAAAUCGUGAUCUGCUCUGGUGUGAGGGAGUAGCUGGGCUACGACAGUACCUUUGUGACCAUCUUUUUGUAGUUGUUUGUUUUUGGGAGGUCUUUUGCUUUCCUCCCUUGUGAUAAGUUAAUUUGCUUAUUGGUCAACACAGUCUUCUAAGCUAGGCAGGGCCUGAAUUUUAAUGUGAAAGAAAAUAAAUAGUUUCCCUUCAUACAACCAGAAACUUUGUAGAUCUCUUCUGUAUAUUAAGAAUACAAAGAGUGUGGACUCUUUUCUUUCUUCCUUGUGUUUCCCCCUUCCUUCCCCCCCCAUCUUGCAGUUCACGGCUUGGAUUGUUUUCAGUUAGGGUCAGUCCCCAGCCAGAGAAACUACAUUUGUCACAAAAUAUCCAAAUAUAGAAACUAAGGCAACUAUGAACCACAAGGCUAAAAUGUUCAUAUACAACAGCUUUUCUGAGCAGUUUAUACGUUUGAGGUGGAUGAGAAUGGAGUGCCUUUGAUCCAUAUUUGAUAGCCAUUCAGGCUUGUUGCUCUGUAACAUGUUGUCUUCCCAUACCUAUUUCUAGAUGUUUCUUUCUGGAUGUUUUUUCCCUCUGAGUUCCUGACGUGCUCUGUCGGCUCUCUGGCCUUACAAACUGUGCCUGUGGCUUAGGAGUUUUGUUGAUCUUUUAUAAAUUCAACAGGAAAAGAAAUCAAAACCCAACCAACAACAGCUUUGUCCCGUGGAGCAAUUUACACUCAAGCGAGUAUUCAAACUAAUUUCUGUCUUAAAUGUGAGCUGUGCUGCCUCACAGGGCUUCAUCUCCUCUGGUCUCUAGAAGUUUACCAGAAUUUCUUCAGAGCAAUGCAGGCAGCCUUCAUAAAAUCCUUCUAACUAUCUUGCAUGGCCUUGGACUUCACAGAAAUCCCUGUGCCUCGCUAAGUUCUGUGCUCUGUUUACAUAGAUAUGAAGUCCUUUAACCCAGCAAGUUUUGCUGUGGGCUUGGAUUUCCUGCUUACAAGCUCUGCUGGAGUCCCUGUAGUCUUCCUGCUGGCAAAGUCAAGGUGUUAACUCGGGUUUUCAGGGCAAUUUGUGAAUGGAAGGAGAUUUCCUUGCUGAGUUUUUGUCCAAGCACUGCUCUGCCUGUUGGAUUUAAAAUAGCUUUCCCUCACACACCCUUGCUCUCGUCUGUUAGGUUUGUUGGGUUUUUUUUUGUUGUGUUUUAAAAGUUUAAUCAUUUUGGAGCUUGAUCUCCUUUGUGGUAGGGACUGCACAAGUCCAGAAGAACAGGAACCUUGUUUGUAAUUAGGAAUUCCUGAUAACGUCAAAGAACUUGAACAAACAAACAAAAUAAAUCUAUCUGUUGGGACAUUUCUGAAGGGUUGCCUUUAAGACCACCCCGGCUCACAAACACUGGUUAGCAAAAGAAGGUGACAUUUUAAUGUGCUGAAUCCAAGUGAACUGUUCCAGUGUUGACUUUUAAUUUAUACCUCUGAAGAAGCAGGGCUGUGCUUUGUGGCUGCACCCUUACCUGUAGGGGCCUAGAGUUGGCUUGUGCGGAGCCCUUGGUGCUUGCCCAUUUUGACUCUGUGCCACCCUGCUGGUGCUGCUGCUGCUGGAGCAGCUGGAUGCUGAAAGGAUCCAGGAGUUGAUCUGGAUUAUAAGUAGCCUGGCAAAAAAAAAAAAAGAUGAUACUUAGCCUGCAUCAGUUUGCCAAACUGGUUCACUGUUUGGCCACACAAGUGGUUGUAUGGGCACAUCAGACAGUGUGUGGUGCAGGGGUGGAAGUAAAUGUUGGUAGCAGCAGUUCUUUAAGCUGGCAUUGCUGCCAAAAGGAGUGCUCAUCUAACUAUACCCCAAGAGCCUGCUAAGCUUGCUAAGUGUUUUUUUACACCUGUUUGUUACAGCUUCCCUUGCCUGAGAACAGUUCCCUUCAGCUUACCUUGUUCUUUUUGCCAAAAAUCAUCCCUGGACAUAUAGGCAAGGUAUCAAAAGAGAAACCUUCUUUAAGGAGCUUUAAGCAGUGCAAAAAGAAGAGUAUGAUGGUUUAGCUAUGGAAAAGUUUCUGCUGUGUCAAGACUGCCUGAUGAUACAGAACAUGCACUGUAAAUUGACUAUAGACUAUUUAGUGUGGUUGCAAUUAAGCAGUGAAACUCAUGCUGUGAGAAUCAUCAGGAGCAAGAAUUCAACAAGAGUUAAAAAGCAUCAGAUGUCUGUAGGAAUAUGAAGAAUAUUCAAUUAUCGUAAUCAGUGACAGUAGAAAUUUUGGAAGAGGUAUUAAGCCUGUGGUCUAAACCUUGUUUUUUAUUCUGCUCUAACAGAUGUGCUUCUAUAUUGGGAAAGAGAGGGAGGGAAUAGCUUGUUGUGCCUGGGUUUGCUGCAGGGUUCUCACACGCUUCUCUGGAAACUUGACUGAGACCAGCGCGUGAGAUGCGCCUUUCAGCUGCACAGGCUUCUGGUUGGGUCGUGGUGAGCCAUCCUGAAACCUGGGCUGAGCUACCAGAGUGUGGCUACCGAGGGGUGAACUGCUGCUACCCAGCUUUUCACAUUUGCUUUGCUCCUCCUCCUGGGGUGGUUCUUACCUGCUCUUCGGCAGGGUCGGAUCUGAGCGCUCUGGUUUUGAUCCGCUUUGGCAACACUCGUUGAAUUUGUUUUAAAGACCGUUAUGAAGUUUUUUACUGUGCGUGAAGAAUGAAUGUUAUCUGUUUAGAACAGAUAGGCUUGCUCCAAGGUGCCUUUGUUUUCGGACAGACUUAAAAGGAGAGGUGAGAUUUUCCUUGUUUGGCCUCUGAGAAGGAGCUUGUGGAAUAGGGAAGGGAGAUGAACAGUGGACUGUUUUUUAAAGCCUAGGUAGAAUCAAUGAAAUCCUUUUGAAGGAAGGAGUCUGGAAAGCAUGCUUUACCAGUGACAUGAUUUCUUUCAGCAAAGCAGGGCUGAGAGGUGGUAGAGCAACGUCCUCACUGAAAAUUGGGUGCUGUAGUCUUGAAAACAGUGCUGGUUUUAAGUGCUCCUUAGUGGUACAGUCUGUGACAAGAAGAGUGCACGAUGUACACAAUAAUUUAGCUGCAUGUGGAAUUGAGGGAGAGCUUAAUGUUUUCUGUAUUGAGUUCAGAGCAGUUGUUCAGGCACAGGUAGCCACACAGCUGCCUGUCCAGCUCCUGGCAUUUGCAGUUGCCCUGAGCUGGUUGUCAUUUUCUCAUGUUCUCAUGGCUGUUUGGCCUCUUAAGAAGGCAGUGCCACUGUGGCUUUGCUCCUUGGCUUUCUGGUGGGGCUGUCUGCAUAGCAGCAGGGCAAGGGAGCUUUGAAUCACUGACCCAUCUUGUCACUGGAUGGUCCCUGAGUGCCUGUUGUUGUCCUCUGUGCCUUCUGAACAAAGGGUGCAGAUAUCUGUUUUACCUUAUCAGGGGGCAGCUGGGGCCCAUGGGCUCUUUUAUAACCAGGUUAGGUUGGAUUUGGUGACGAACUUGAGAACAGAGCCCGUGAUUUAUCUACUCGACCAUGUUACAUAUGCUCUACAAAUUGCUUCAGGUCUGUGAGUCUGCUUGUGUAUGCCGUGUCAGGAUAUCAUUGCUACCUCUGCAGUGUGUACAGAGUUGUGAAGACCUGAACAAAAACUCUGGUUGAGUGGUUCACUGAUAAAAACACUGGGUAGGAGCAGCACCUGACCAUUUUUUCAGGUGGCCCAGAGCUCUGCUUUCUGCAUUUUGCUGAACGGACUUCUUCAGGUGUCUUGAUGUCUCUGUUCCACUGCCUGUGAAAUGGCAGUGUUUUAUCUAUGUACCAAUCUGGAUUUGUUUGAGGGUUGAUUAGAAGUGUAUCUGCAGUAUAAUACAAAACCAAGCUGUAGCCUGUUGAGGUGAGCAGCCACAGCUUCCACAGCAAGAGCUGUUACAAUGGAGAGUUCGGGCAGACCUACGUAUGGAGAAACUCUUCUCAGAACUUCUUCUAGUGGAAUGGGAGUUUUCCACCACAUUUUAUGUGUAUGUGUGAGAAAGGAGUGAAGAAAACUUCAGGCCAAAAUGACUUGACAGCUUGUUAGCAAGAAAACGCUUUCUUCUGUCUCUUGAAAAAAAAAUCAAUAUACAUAUACAUAUAUAAAUAUAUAUAUAUAUAUAUAAAUUUUAACCUUCUCGUGGUUGGGGAUAGAAGGUUGAAACUGUCAGGCAGAUAGCCACCACCCAGCAGAAAUGCUCCUGAAUGCUCUGGUGGAAGCUAGCUUUGAUUUGACAGUUCUGAGUCUUUGGAAGCAGCUCUCUGUUUAUGCAGCACAGUAAAUACUUUGAAGUGCGUUAGGCUUUGCUGUACAUGCGUGGCUAACUAGAAGAAUAUUAAAUGCCUACAUCUUGUGUGGAGUGAGGGAGGAUCCCGCAGCAAUUGGAAUUGCAUGCUCCUCGUGCUUUUAUAAGAUCGUGUCAAAGCAGUAGAUUUGAUAAUAGACCUGAUUAUACAAUUGCUUAAUUUCUUGUCAAAAUAACAUUUUUUUAUUUUUUUUUUUCCACAUGAGAUCUUUGAGGUGACCUCGUGUUAUUUAUCAAAUGUCAGUUUUUCAUCCCGGCAGCUUUGAUAUAAUCAUGUAGCGUCGUGGAGUAGUGUGUACAUGCAGUCUUUGCUUGCUGGAGUUCUUUGAAGUGCCUCACUCCUCAGAAGAGUCAUUGCUGUGUGGAAGAUCCUGCAUUUAACGACAAGGAAACCAGUGUGGAAGCGCUGCACUGUGGGGCUAAAGGUUGUGCUACAUCUCUUGUGCCUAAUGUGGGCCUGAAAGCAAAGAAGUGAGAGGUUCACUGCACCCCCUGACACUCAUCUUACCCAGCAGUAAGCUGCAGGGGAUAUAGUAACCCUCCAGCUCUGUCCCUGUGGGAAUGGCAGCUUUGUGGUGUGCUGAGCUCCCCAGGUGCUGGAGAAGAGCAGAAGGAUGGCUGGUGGUGACAGUCCUGAAGGAAAAACUGGUCAGACAGGCAGUGCUGGAAGGUGAUCGUUUCUUGUGAGACAAGUGGUUUGCAACUCAUGGCCUCCACGAUGAGUACUGCCGUGUCGUGACACCAGGGGUCUUGGGUGCCCUGGAGAUGCGAGACUUCCCCUGGGCGGCAGGAGGCACGCGUCUAGAGAAUGCUGGAGCUGCAGGAGGGAAGUGCCCAGUGCAAAACCAGCGAGGAGCCAAGAGAAAAAAGGCAAGCAGACAGCCAGCACUGAGAGGAGCGGGUGGCAGGAAGCGCUUCGACGCUGCCUCUGGCGGCACGAUCCCCAGGGGAACUUGACGAGAGCCCAUCUGCGUGCGUGUGAGACUGUGAGCUCAGGAUUUCUGUCAAUGCAUUCCAGUAACCCCAAAGUGAGGAACUCCCCGUCAGGCAACACACAGAGCCCCAAAUCAAAGCAGGAGGUGAUGGUCCGCCCCCCUACAGUGAUGUCCCCGUCUGGCAACCCUCAGCUGGAUUCCAAAUUUUCCAACCAAGGCAAACAAGGGGGCUCCACCAGCCAAUCCCAGCCCUCUCCCUGUGACCCCAAAAGUGGAGGUCACACCCCCAAAGUGCUCCCUGGCCCAGGUGGGAGCAUGGGGCUGAAGAAUGGGGCUGGAAACGGUGCCAAGGGGAAGGGGAAGAGAGAGAGGAGCAUUUCAGCAGACUCCUUUGAACAGAGGGAAGCUGGGACUCCUAAUGAUGACCCUGAAAUCAAAGACUGCAAUUCUGCUGAUCAUGUGAAGUCCCAGGAGUCUCAGCACACACCACACUCCAUGACUCCUUCAAAUGCUUCAGCCCCAAGGUCUUCCACACCUUCCCAUGGUCUGACUGCCACUUUGGAGCCAGCAAGUGGGCAGAAGACUCCAUCCAAAGUGGUUUACGUCUUUUCUACUGAGAUGGCCAACAAGGCUGCAGAAGCUGUGCUGAAGGGACAGGUGGAAACCAUUGUGUCCUUUCAUAUCCAGAACAUCUCAAACAGCAAGGCGGAACGAAACACUGUACCCUUGAACCCCCAGAUCACUGCACUUCGGACUGAACCCAAGCCCCUGCCGCAGCCCCAGCCCCCCGCUGCCCAGGACCAGAACCCUCCCCAGAACGCCAAAAUGCAGCCGACCCCACCCGUGUCAGCGCCGGUGUCCAAAUCCACUGGCCCCCCAUGUCCCAUAGAUCAGGACAGUCCCAGCGUGGAGAGCAAAGUGAUGUCCGUGGGCAGCCCUGCCAACUCUACCCCGUUGCAGACGGAAGGAUUUGGGCAGAGUUCGACCCCCAAUAACCGAGCGGUUAGCCCGGUUUCCCAAGGUAGCAAUAGCUCAGCUGCAGACCCCAAAGGUCCUCCCCAGCAGGUGUCUGGUGGGGACCCAUCCAGUUUGGGCGAGAAUCCAGAUGGACUGUCACAGGAGCAGCUGGAGCACCGAGAGCGCUCUCUGCAGACCCUGCGAGACAUACAGCGCAUGCUCUUCCCUGAUGAGAAGGAGUUUGCUGGAGGGCAGAGUGGGGGGCCUCCCCCAAACGCUGGGGUGCUGGAUGGUCCCCAAAAGAAACCUGAAGGGCCGAUACAGGCUAUGAUGGCUCAAUCCCAAAGUUUAGGCAAAGGGUCAGGGUCUCGGACAGAUGGAGGGGCUCCGUUUGGCCCUCAAGGACACAGGGACAUGCCUUUUUCCCCAGAUGAAAUGGGGCCACCACCAAUGAACUCCCAGUCAGGACCCAUAGGCCCAGACCACCUGGACCAUAUGACUCCUGAGCAGGUGGCCUGGCUCAAGCUGCAACAGGAGUUCUACGAGGAGAAGAGGAGAAAGCAAGAGCAGGUGGUUGUGCAGCAGUGUUCCCUGCAGGACAUGAUGGUCCACCAGCACGGGCCUCGUGGGGUGGUCCGAGGUCCUCCUCCUCCCUACCAGAUGACCCCUGGUGAGGGCUGGGGACCUGGGGGCCCAGAGCCCUUCCCUGAAGGCAUGAACAUGUCACACUCUCUGCCCCCCAGGGGCAUGGCCCCUCACCCCAACGUGCCCGGGAGCCAGAUGCGCCUGCCUGGUUUUGCAGGAAUGAUGAACCCUGAGAUGGAGGGCCCCAGUGUCCCGAAUCCCGCCUCACGGCCUGGGCUUUCGGGAGUUAGUUGGCCAGAUGAUGUGCCAAAAAUCCCAGACGGCCGAAACUUCCCUCCUGGCCAGGGUGUCUUCAGUGGCCCUGGCCGAGGGGAGCGGUUUCCCAAUCCACAGGGCCUGCCCGAAGAGCUCUACCAGCAGCAGCUGGCUGAGAAACAGAUGGGCCUUCCUCCCGGUCUGAACAUGGAAGGCAUCAGGCCCGGCAUGGAGAUAAACAGAAUGAUGCCCUCCCAGAGACACAUGGAGCCUGGGAACAACCCCAUCUUCCCUCGCAUGCCGGUAGAAGGACCGAUGAGCCCUUCCAGGGGGGACUUCCCAAAAGGAAUACCCCCACAAAUGGCUUCUAGCAGGGAGCUGGAGUUUGGGAUGGGCCCUGGCAGCAUGAAGGGGGACAUGGGCAUGAAUGUCAGCAUGGGCUCCAACCCACCCCUGGUCCCUCAGAAGCUGAGGGAGGCAGGAGUCGGGCCGGAAGAGAUGAUGAAGCUGCGCCCUGGCGUCUCGGAGAUGCUCUCCUCUCAGCAGAAAAUGGUGCCGCUGCCGUUCGGGGAGCACCCGCAGCAGGAGUAUGGCAUGGGUCCCAGGCCUUUCCUCCCCAUGUCUCAGGGCCCAGGAGUCGGUCUCCGGAAUCUCAGAGAACAGAUCGGGCCUGACCAAAGGACUAACAACCGGCUCAGCCACAUGCCGCCACUACCUCUCAACCCCACCAGUAACCCCAAUAGCCUCAACACUGCUCCCCCCGCGCAGCGCAGCCUCGGCCGCAAGCCCUUGGAUAUCUCCGCAGCUGGUCAGGUGCAUUCGCCAGGAAUCAACCCCCUGAAGUCCCCCACGAUGCGCCAGGUCCAGUCUCCCAUGAUGGGGUCUCCCUCGGGGAACCUCAAGUCCCCCCAGACGCCCUCCCAGCUGGCAGGAAUGCUCGCGGGCCCCACUGCCGCAGCCGCUGCUGCCUCCAUUAAGUCCCCCCCUGUCUUGGGGUCUGCUGCUGCUUCUCCUGUCCACCUCAAGUCUCCGUCUCUCCCCGCACCUUCUCCUGGAUGGACUUCAUCUCCAAAGCCUCCUUUGCAGAGCCCCGGGAUUCCCCCGAACCACAAGGCGUCUCUGACCAUGUCUUCUCCAGCCAUGCUGGGGAACGUGGAGUCGGGUGGUCCACCUCCUUCCACAGUCAGCCAGUCUGCUCCUGUGACUCUCCCUGGAAACCUUCCCUCUAGCAGUCCUUACACAAUGCCUCCAGAGCCAACCCUCUCCCAGAAUCCCCUCUCCAUUAUGAUGUCCAGGAUGUCCAAAUUUGCCAUGCCGAGCUCUACGCCGCUCUAUCACGAUGCCAUCAAAACUGUGGCCAGCUCGGAUGAUGACUCCCCUCCAGCCCGCUCCCCAAACUUGCCACCUAUGAACAGUGUACCAGGAAUGGGCAUUAAUUCUCAGAAUCCUCGAAUUUCAGGUCCAAACCCAGUGGGUCCAAUGCCAACCCUUAGCCCAAUGGGAAUGACCCAGCCUCUUUCCCAUAACAACCAGAUGCCCUCUCCAAAUGCUAUGGGACCCAAUAUACCUCCUCAUGGGGUCCCUGUGGGACCCGGCCUGAUGUCACACAACCCAAUGAUGGGGCACGGUUCCCAGGAGUCUCCAAUGGUACCUCAAGGACGCCUGGGCUUCCCACAGGGGUUCCCUCCCGUACAGUCCCCUCCACAGCAGGUGCCAUUUCCACACAACGGGCCCAGCGGUGGACAAGGCAACUUCCCAGCGGGAAUGGGCUUCCACGGAGAAGGACCUCUGGGGCGUCCUACCAACCUGCCCCAAAGUUCGACAGAUCCAGCACUUUGCAAGACUGGAGGCCCUGGCGGUCCAGACUCCUUCACUGUUCUUGGAAACAAUAUGCCUUCGGUUUUCACUGAUCCAGAGCUGCAGGAGGUGAUCCGCCCUGGAGCCACGGGAAUACCCGAGUUCGACCUGUCCAGGAUUAUCCCGUCGGAGAAGCCCAGCCAGACACUACAGUAUUUCCCUCGUGGGGAGGUGCCGGGCCGCAAGCAGCCGCAGGGUCCCGGGCCUGGCUUCUCCCACAUGCAGGGGAUGAUAGGAGAGCAGACCCCGAGGAUGGGACUAACGUUGCCUGGCAUGGGGGGCCCCGGGCCGGUGGGAACUCCGGACAUCCCCCUCGGGACGGCUCCGUCCAUGCCGGGCCACAACCCGAUGAGGCCGCCGGCCUUCCUGCAGCAGGGCAUGAUGGGGCCGCACCACCGCAUGAUGUCACCAGCACAGCCGGCCAUGCCCGGCCAGCCCGCCCUCAUGAGCAACCCCGUGGCCGCCGUGGGCAUGAUCCCGGGCAAGGACCGAGCCCCCGCGGGGCUGUACAGCCACCCGGGCCCUGUGGGGUCGCCCGGGAUGAUGAUGUCAAUGCAGGGCAUGAUGGGACCCCAACAAAACAUCAUGAUUCCCCCCCAGAUGAGGCCCCGAGGUAUGGCUGCUGACGUUGGCAUGGGAGGAUUUAGCCAAGGCCCUGGAAACCCAGGGAACAUGAUGUUUUAAGCUGCUACCGUAAGACUGGAUGUUCUGAUCCUUGUCAAGAUGAGAUUCCGAGUCCUGAGGGCUUUUUUGGGAGCUUCAGGAGUACAGUUUGGCCAUGCAAUAGGUGAAAAGAGACCAGAGGACGCUUUGGGAAAUCUCGAAUGUAUGGAAU